GUUUAUUAGUAAAUUAUAUGAAUUUUUAAUCACAUUCCAGCCGAUUGCUUACAAUUGUCCACCAGAUUACUUAUUGAAAUGAAUGAAAACAACUAGAACCACAAACAUAAACACUGUCAAAUAGAAGACGCUCAAAAUGACAACAAAGAGACGCCAUUGGCUGUCUAACCUUUCUUAGUAGCGUAACUUCUCUUCAAACGUCCUUUUAUCUUCUAUAAUAAUUGCAGUCUUCAUAAUCGAGACAAUCCUUAAUUAAUCGUAAUAAUUGAUAAAUUUCAAAGAUAACUGAUAAUUACUGUAAUAACGUGGGCCUAAAAGGACCGUGAGAGUUGGGAAUGAAAAGUGCACGUGAUGCCUUGGGCUUAGAGCACUCAAUCAAUCAGUCUAUCAUUUAGUAUGUGAUGGACGAUCUUUACUUCAGUAACUAGUGAUGCACAGCCACUGUCAUUGGCCCGGGAACACAUCAGGGGUCAUCGAAGAUUGGAGCUGAAGCAACCCAUGCCUAAUUGAUGAACUUGAGGUGUACGGCAUAGAUUCUUACUUGUGUGACAGAAUCUAGCAAGAUCCUGCCGUAUAAAUCUGCAAAGACUCCAAAUGUUGAAAUGGGUAAUAUUUAAUGCAACAAAAUUAAUGUCAAGAUAAUAUUGUCUUUGACAAAUGGAGGUUGCAUUUGACAUUACUGAACAUUACCCAGUUUGAAAAUGCCUUCAGUCUUUUGAUUCAUCAUGGAAGAUUGAUUCAAGAGGUGAGCGUUAUGAUUUUAAUUGCAGAGAUUUGUAAAAGCUGAUGCCAGGGAAAGUGAGGGUAACAGGUCUCUGUUUUUGACAAACCCAUGGAAGACUGAUGUUUAUAUAGACUUUCUAACUUAAUUUCGUUAUAAUGAUUUUAUGUUAAUGGUUUUACUUUACCUAAUGUUGGUUACGAGAAGAUGGUUUAAUCGUGGAAACUUGCGAAAGCUAAUGACAGAGAGUGCAUGUAACAGGUCUUUUUAAGCAAUCCGGAGAAGGACUUCCAGCACAUUAUUUUGGGCACCCCAUCCUUGAAGAUGGAAUCUGGAGGUCAUUUACUGUUGUCCUCAAUCAAACAGGAAAAUGAGACCAUGGAAGAAGACCUGCCUGUGGUCAGUGCCACUGACAGCUCUUCUUCAUUCAUGGAAUCCUGCAUUGAAAUCAAGGCAGAGCCGGACGCUCAGCCGGAAUUCAUAGGUCCUGAUAAGAUCGAUGUGAAGUAUCCAUGCAAGACCUCAGUCAAGCUUGAGAGAGAUCCGCUGAGCUUUGACGAAGAGUACGUUAAGGAGAUUAAGGAAGAUGUUGACGUACAGGUGAGUGAGACUCCAAAGGACAUCCACGAAAUAUCCUUUGUCUCGUGCGGGGAACUGUUGGAACCGGAACGGCCUUCAGAAAGCUGCGGAAAUGGGGCCAGAAGUAGAGAUCUGGCGCUUGCCGGGAAGAAGGUGUUUACCUGCUCUGAGUGCCAGAGGCCAUUCACUCACUUAAGCCACUUAAAGGAACACAUGAGGAACCACACAGGUGAGAAGCCCUUCCUGUGCACUGAAUGCCCCAGCAGGUUCUCAAGGUCGAGCACCCUCAAGAUCCACUUGAGAACCCAUACUGGGGAGAAGCCCUACACUUGCGCGGAGUGCCAGAGUCGUUUCUUGACAUCGAGCCACCUCAGGAGGCACAUGAGGAUCCACACAAGGGAGAAUGCACCCAGGGCCCCUGUGAAGAAGAAGGCACCCAGGGCCCCUGUGAAGAAGUCCUAUGCCUGCACGGUGUGCGAGAGUCGCUUCCCCUUUCCCUACCGCCUGAAGCUCCACAUGAGAAUGCACACAGGGAGAAACCUUUCACCUGCGCGGAGUGUAAGAGCUGCUUCACCAGCUCCAGCUCCUUGUUCAAACACAUGCGCACUAAACACGGGGGAGAAACCCUUCACCUGCGUUGAGUGCCAGACCAGCUUCACAACCUGACAGUCCACACGAAGCUCAUGGGUGAGAAGCCCUUCGCUUGCUCUGAGUGCCCCGGCAGCUUCUCCCGCUUCUUUGAGCUGAAGAGCCAGAUGGGUGAGAGGACCCUUGCCAGCACUAUGUGUCCCAGCACCUUCUCGCAGUCCAGCCACCUCAAGGCCCAUGUCAGUCAGGAGCCACACAGGGGAGAACCCCUUACCUGCAAUGUUUGCCAGACCAGCUUCUCCCAGUUGGGGAUUCUCCAGAGGCACGUGAAGACCCCCACAACGGAGAAGCCCUACACCUGCGCCGAGUGUAACCGCAGCUUCUCGUUGUCGCACAUUCUGAGGAGACACGUGAAGAUCCACCAGUGAGAGGACACUACCUUGAGGAAUCCCCUGGGAGAACUCCCUCAGGGUAGCAGAGAAAAAGCAUCUUCUCCUUACAGAAUGGAACAUGCAGAGUCCAGGUAAAAGGCCAAGUGCUGUGACCUAUGAUGAAGUCGUCUUACAAGAUCAUCCACCGCUGACAGGAUGAUCUUGUAAUCAAGAGGAAUAGGUAAUUUUGAAAGGCGUAAAAGGAGAAAACCCCCUCUCAAUUUUAACAUGAACAAGAAAAGUGGGAGAGUUUAAUUAAUCACUUAAUAAACAAAAAGUUGGAGGGUCCACUUAAUUAAUUACUUAAUGAAGAUUUGGGACAUGUAGAGCCACUGAAUUGAGGGGCAUCAAAAAAGUAGUUAAUUACUUAAUUAAUGGUUUGAUAAGCAGUCAAAUUUGGGGCGGAAUACUUGUGAUCAAUUUUGUUAACAAGUGACUUAAAUUUAAAUAAAUUUAUUUUUUAAAGAUUUUUAUCAAUUUGUAAUGUUGUCCAUGUUAUUAUUCUGUAAUGAUUUAAUGUAAUUUGUAAUUCUAAGCUUAAUUCAAAUGUAAUUUUGUAUUCACUUAUAAAAUUGUAAGUGAAAAUGUUAAUUCUUUUCAUUAUCUGUCUGCUUUCCCCAGUAAGUGUAAUUUUUCCUCACUUCUUAAUGAGACCCUGCUUAGAAGCAGUUCAUGGCUCCAUAGAUCCUGCUUUAUAAGCUUUCCCUUACUUGUAACGACCUUGUCUGAAAGUUAAACUAAAUCCCACCAGGAGACAAAAAGUUUUUAUUUGGGUAAGAACAAAUAAAAAACUUUUAUUCCUGUAUCAGCCCCAUACAACUUACUGCAUCCCUGUAAAUAAAAUCAUUGACCUAAUUAUCAACCCUACCUACAGAGACCCCUCCACGUCCCAGACAAAUAUUCCUGAAGGGUCCUCAGGGUCCCAAUAGGCCCUUCUUGAAACAUGCACAAAGAUGGCCCCUUUUUAUACUCAUGAGGGCCACAUGAACAGGCAAAAAGAUGAAGAGACGGACAGCGACACAGUCAAUCAUUCAGAGGGGCGAUUGUAAGCUGUCUUUUGGAACUGCCGAUGUGACGCUUAGGGAUGAAUAGAAUAGAAUAGAAUAACAAAGCAGAAAUAGAAGGUGAGGAAGCAUUUGGACUUCACCCUUCAACCUUCCUACUUAGAACCAGUGAGACAUUAUCAGGAAUAAAGUGGGGAGUAUGUCUCCCCCAAGAAGUUUCCUGGAAAUUUUCAAGUGCUUCUUUAUUUUUAAAAUUGACGAUGAAUGAUUUCCAUGAUGAUAUUUUCAGUUUCAUGGACCUCAUAGCAGGACUAGCUUCCUGCCUUUUAUGCCUUCACUCUUGCUCAGAUAUCUUCAACUUGUAUGUUUGUCACAACAAUCUCCUGUGAAAUGCACUAUAUCACAUUCUUUGGGUUUUUUAUCCCAUCAACUUCUGAAUACAGCUCCUUGACACAUCACUGAUUGUGGUACAUCUCGAUGGUUAUGGCAUCCAUAAGCAUAACUACAUUAGUUUCCGCCCAGUUGGUUCAUAACUGCUGCAAUGUAUUUUGAUUUGUUUGCUUUCCUCAUACUCUGACAGUGCCAUAAUCAUUUGGUUCGAAGAGCGAGGUUGGCUACUCUGUCUAUUCAUAGCAGUGCAUUGGCGUCGACACUAUGCAAGAAGUGCAAGUUCUAAACAAUAUUGUUCUGUUUUUUAUACAAUUUUGCUGAUGUAUCAGAUUUUCCAGAUUUAUUACUUUUUAUGACAAAGGUUUUAAGUUUUUUGAUGGUAUAUUUGUGCUCUGAAAUAUUUCUCUGGUUGCAAAAUUCAGCAGAUCAGAUGUGGAGAUGAAUGGAUUUUUUAGGUUAUGAGUAAUCAGCUGUUUCAUAAAAUUAACAGCUUUUCAAUCUUUUUGUGCCUGAAUAGAUCCAGAUAGUUUUCAGCAACUGUAUCUUUUGUCUUAUGUACCGUAGAUAGCCUUUAAAGAAUUGUAUCUGCCUGUUUGUUAUAUGUCUUUUAAAGGGCCAUAUCAGUCCAUACGUUAUUAACAUAACUUUUGUCUUCAUGAAUUGUAAAGUGACCCUGGCAGAAUUCUGCGGUAAGCUCUUCUGGUAAGGUUCUCAUUGCAUGCAAAUAGUGAGGAAUACAUACUACUAUUUUGCAUGGCUAGUACAAACCAUAUAUGGCAACCUUUUUCCUACUUCAUCAAGAUGCUCUUGCCAUUUACAGGUUAUUUUGCAGCUUCAGUAUUUCUCUUGAAAUCAGAACAUUUCAAUAUGCCUUAACCAAAGCAAUGCUGUACGAUGCCCUUCUACUGAUUCAUCAAAUCUCUGAAGGUCUUUUCUUAUUCUAUGGGCACUUGGUAGCAUAUUUGCAUAUGCAUCUCUGAUGUAUUGUUUGUCUCGUUUCCCAAUAGCUUCAGCAAUCUUCUGGAUGCAGUUCGUAUAUGAAGUAACUGCAUCCAGCUCUUCAAGUAACUGCAUCCAGCUCUUCCUCAUUGUAACAGACACCAUUCAUCAAAGGGUUCCCAAUGUAGCUCCAACAUGGCUGAUAGCAACAAGGUAUGCCAUCUGGCCAUUCCAUAGCAACCAUUCCCUGCUAUAAAUUUAUUGGCAGUUCCAAGUUUACAGAUACCAGCUUCAAACAAAAUUCCUUCGAUUCAUGAUGAUUUGAAGAGAGUUCCUUUAACCCCCAGAUAGUUAUUUGUAAUAUGAAAACCACCCAUUCGUAGGAUCAGGUAUUGGUACCUUUGUCCCUUCUUUUACUUCACACCGGGGCAUAUUUCAUGUAUUGCUUGAUCACGGGUAAUGAUACAAUAUUGAUGAUCUAGUUUAAUGCCAGCUACCAUACAGUAAUCCAAUGAUGUCUCAACUAUAUCUGGUUUUGAUGGUAAUUGUGGAAUGAAAGGACCAUGGCCUAUGACUGUUUUUGGGUUUUGCACCUCAGCAAACAUCUCAUGGAAAUUAUUCCAUGUGAUCAGAUGUGAUGGUUCAUUCUUGAUAGCUGCAAUAAGUUGUGUUAAUUGCAAAAUAACAGUACCAGAAUCCAUUUUGCAUCAUUAAACCUAUUAAACCUGAAAAAUAUCGAAACAAGUUAGAUAUUUUAUGAUUCAUGACUGCAGGAGCACACUGCGUAACACCAGCAUUCAUUGUUGAAGAAUAAGUGGAAUGGAUUAUCUCAUCAUACAGAGGGUUUUAGGAGAGUGCAUAUGAGAAUACCUUUGUCAGAUAAAGACUUUGUCAUUAUUGAAAUAGUUUUGAAUAACUUUAUUAUAACUUUUUCCAACCAUUUAAGUGUCCUUGACUUUAACUGUUGCAGUGAGGUCACUAUUUGUUAUAUAGGCCUAAGUGCCCAUUGUAGAGACGUUCAGAAUUUAGUGAUAGGUUAAAGUAAUCAUUGUUAACUUCUGGUUUAUAAUUAGAAUUAAGUUAACAAAGUCCAAGUAUAUUAAGAGAGAGAGAGAGAGAGAGAGAGAGAGAGAGAGAGAGAGAGAGAGAGAGAGAGAGAGAGAGAGAGAGAGAGAGAGAGAGAGAGAGAGAGAGAGAAAAUUAAUUUUUCCAGUAUAUUGAAUGAAUAUGGAUUCUGUAAAUACCAAAUGUAAUACGUAUCAGGUGUUUCAUCAGAUUUGAAAUUCUCAAUUGUCAUGAAAUUUAGACAAUUUAUUUUUGUAGGAAUAAUUCCUUUUGUAGUUUAUUUGCUUAAUUGCUGACAGAAAUGUUGAAUUUUGGCAGAAUAUUCCUAAAUAUCUUUUGUAGAAAGUUUGAACGUUUUUCCUUUUUAUUUGGUGUACAUUCUGUAAACUUUAUAAGUUGAGGACGUCCCACAUCUGAGGGCAAUUCCCUACCAUUUCCAUUUUUAGUUUAAACAAAACUAAGAAGAAACCAAAUGAAACUAAACUUGACAUUUGUUGUUCAAUCUUUCUUCUACAAAACCCAGAGUUUCUUAUAAAUGUAUUUAUUUUUCCAUUGUAAAAACCUCUUGAGUAAUGUCUGUCUUCCCAUAGCAGAGAAAAGUUAGACUAAAAAUUAGUCUUACUCUCAGCUUAGCAGCCCACAUGACCUGACCCUUAUAUAAAGGAGCAGGUCAACACUUUGAAGCCAUUAUACACAUCCUGCGUCAAUGUCUGGACUUGGAAAUCAAUUAAUAAAGGAUAUACCUUCAGAAUAUUCACUGCUUUUAGUUACUCUAAAAUGGAUUCUUCAGAUAGGCCUAAUUCUGGACGAAUACUUCACCUUUGUUACUUCCAAACUUGCUUCGUUAUUCUCUUACCAGUCUCAUUGUUAUGGUAAUUUAGCUGAGAAAUCCUUAAAAAUCUGUUUAAAAAUCCGUGUAAAGUUGAGGUCAGGUUAAGCCAAGAAUGUGGAAUGAAUUAAUUGGGGGACAUACUAAAAAUGUCCAAGUGUAGAAUAACACUAAGGGGUAUUUGUCACUCACCAGUUUUUGUUGUUAAAUCAGGAGAAAAGGGAGAUCUUGGCGACAUUAUACAAGUAUCAGCUGUCAUGUUCUAUUUUUCAGUUAAAGUCAUUAUGUAAAUCUGUUCUCCAGAUAAGUUAACUAUUCCACAGGUAGGCCUAAGUGCCCAGGUUAGAGAGAUUCAGAAUGUUAAGAUAGGCUCAAGUAAUCAUUGUUGAAACCUUUGGUGUUUCUGCAGAGUUAAACUUGACAACUGUUAAAGCUACAAGUCAGAGGAGUGGAGAUUAAAUUGCAGGAAGUUUGGAGACUUCACUUUCCCUUAGUUUAGAGAUGUGGAACUCAAACAAGCUUCUGAGUUAGACUUCUUUCCUUUGACUUGUGUUUAUGUUGAACCAUUAACAUCAGACUUUGUUAUAUUAUGAGGAUAAUUUCCUUAAUGGAAAGAUUUCAGAUUGCUGUUUGCCACAUUAUAUAGGUAAAUGCCACAAUUAUAUUACAGUAUCUUUUGCAGUGUUAUGUAUGAAACUUCAGUAACUGUGCAAUGUUUACAAUGUAUUAUUAUCCAUUUGAAAGGGCAAACAAUAAAAAAACAAAAACAAGGGCACACUUUUAUUUAACAACAAAUAAAAUGUUAAAGUCAGAUGAUAGGUAAUAAAAUGUUAGUAGUACCUGACUAUAUCGUUUGGAACUACCCAGUCUUUCGUGAAAAGAAAUACUCUGCUCCAGGACUGGAAGUUCCAUUCAUAAGAAUGUACAGUAGUGAAGCUCAUUUUGGUUGACAUAUGAUGUAGAUCUUGAUAACACAAGCAAAAUGGUUAUAGCCUUAUAUUCUGGAGUAAGGGAAGCUGUCUUUAUGGAGAAUCUGUUUUGUUAUUUACUCCUGAAUGGUUUUAUUUAACUGACUGACAUUUGUUACAGUAUAUGUUUAUAUUCUUAUAAAAAUGUAUAACGUCAUAGCUUUAAUUGAAGAAAUGCUAUUUGUAUAUUCUUUUAGUUUUACUAAAAUGCAUGUUCUUAUAUUUGUACUAAAAUCUACAGUCUUAUAGUUUCAUUAAAAUGACACAGAA